AUGGAAGCAAACGGGAUGGAAAACGUGGCGACGACGAAUCAGAAUCCGAAUCCGAAUCCAGAGAGAGAGUAUAUAAGGAGGCACCAUAAACACGAGCUUCUGGAGAAUCAGUGUAGCUCUACGCUUGUUAAGCACAUCAAAGCUCCUGUUCACAUCGUGUGGUCUCUUGUGAGAAGAUUCGAUCAGCCACAGAAGUACAAACCAUUUAUAAGUAGAUGUGUAGUGAAAGGAAACAUGGAGAUUGGUACAGUACGAGAAGUUGAUGUGAAAUCUGGAUUACCAGCAACUAGAAGCACUGAGAGAUUGGAGUUGCUUGAUGAUAAUGAGCAUAUUCUCAGCAUCAGAAUCGUUGGUGGCGAUCACAGACUCAAGGUGAACUAUUCUUCAAUCAUCUCUCUUCACCCUGAGACCAUAGAAGGAGGAAGAGUAGGGACACUUGUGAUCGAGUCUUUUGUGGUUGAUGUACCAGAUGGGAACACAAAGGAUGAGACUUGUUACUUUGUGGAGGCUCUAAUCAAAUGCAAUCUUAAAUCGUUAGCUGAUAUCUCUGAGCGUCUUGCGGUUCAAGACAGAACAGAGUCCAUGAACAGAGUCUAA